CAUUGCCGUACUAUAAGUUAACUCGCGAGGGGAGACGCGCCGAUAGCGGCCAUGACUUUAACCUGUAGCGCCUGAUCGAGUGUGGACUACAUGUACGUCGACACGAAGAGUGUUGUUUUUUUAUUAUUUUUUUUUCGUUGGAGGAGACGGUGCUCUCCGUGGGAUUGAUGACUUAAAUGGCUAACAGCAGCGCUGUAUCGUCGACCUUGCCGUCGAGGGAUUAUCACUGUAAGAUUUGCAGUCUCUAUUUCGAUUCUGUUGAUUCGUUAGAGGUACAUCUACAGUACCACAAAGAAAAUUUAUAUGUGAAGUGGGGUACGCAAAACUCACAGAAUGAUACCGAUAAUAAUAACGGGGUAAAAGUGAAGGCCGAGACAACAGUGUCGGCGCCCGCCGACUCUAGUGACAGUAUGAUUACCAAGCCGAGUCCAGAGUUCCAGCAACGGGCCACCCCAGAAACCUCGGCCCAGUUCCCUCAUCCUGCAACACCACAAAGUUAUCACAGUGCACCGUCACCCUACCAGAACCCGGAUCAAACCAACUUUUCACCAGGAGCACAAUUUGGUAAUAAUUAUUCUCAUUCUGGCUUUACACAAAAUCAACAUUCAGAACAGAUUAACUGGGAGCAAUCUCAGUAUCAAAAUCAAGAAUAUCAUAAACCGGCACGUUUUCAUCCGUAUAAUAUGCAAGAGCGAGUACCGCAAGUGACUUCGUCCAGCCCACUAUAUGGACAGCCACUGAAUCAACCAACGCCGUCACCAUCACCUAACCAAUGUGAUAAGUGCGGCUUUGUAUGUGACUCUGCCGUCCAACUCAAUGAACAUUGUAACUCAGCUCACGCUGGUACCAGUACUGCACCAGCAACGGGCUCAUUGCCGUUUCAACAAUUUCCACAAAAACAAUACAAUAAUUCUGGUUACCAAAAUGAGAAUACAAAAAUAAAAGAAGAACAUGAAGAAUCAUCAGACAUACUAGAUUUAGAUUCUCAAAAAGUGGUUUAUCAAGGCAAUGAGGGCGACCAACAGGCAACACCAUAUGAAGAGGCGCCGCCUCAGGGUCGGGAAGUAAAUACACGGACUGUUCCAAUGAUGCCCUGGGAAGCACAAAAGUUGUACACUAAUCCUCAACUUAAUGGAGAUGUUUCCCUUUUUAAAGAUCAAAAGAUGUUUGUUGAACAAAAACCAUCUUAUACAUCAGAAGCCAAAAUGUUUCACCCGGAACAGAAAUUUGCUUAUUCACAAGAAAAAUUUCUUUCUGGACAUCAUGAUCAAAAAUCAUUCAUGCAUGUUGAACAAAAAAUAUAUCCAGGCGUGCAAAUGCCUCCUUUGAGUGAAUAUCCGGGAUUAGCAUCUUCUAAUUCCGAUAUGAAACCGCCAUAUCGGCCGUAUGACUCUUCUGCGGCACCACAGAUAACAAGCACGCAGCCGGCGAAUCCAACUUCAUCCACACUGCCCUCUAUUGGUGGAAAAGGAGCUAAUUGGAAAUCAAAUGAAGCAAGGCGACCGAAAACAUAUAACUGCACGGCUUGUAAUAAAUGGUUUACAAGUUCUGGACAUUUAAAAAGGCAUUAUAAUACCACAUUACAUAAAAAUGCGGUGAGAUCAUCCGGACAACCAGAUCCAGCGACUAUGCCUAUCUCUAGUCACCAUCAUCCGAGUCGCGAUGCAAUACAAGGCCGCGCACAGCAGCAGACCGCAGACUCGAAUACACAGAGCCCGGUGCCUUCCGAGGACGGGCGCAGUGUCGACGACGCCGCUCUACAGUCGCCCUAUGCAUCGCAGAACUUCGACCGCUCGCAUCGUGUGGCCACCAUGCAGUCCAAGUCGCCAUAUACGCAUCUUCAACAGGGUAAUUUAGAUAAUAAUUUCAGUAAUAAUCCUUUAGCUAAUCACCCUUUACAGCAUCAAGUCGGAUCGCAUCCGCUUAAUAUAGGUAGUCAACCGCCCGGUAUAGGGAACCCAAAUGAUAGUAAUCAUCAGGGAAGUAAGGGCGCUACAAUAUCCUCCUCUGGAAAUCCCCCAAACGGGGAAGCAGGUCCCUCUGUUUCUCAAAAUCACCAUAUGAGGGGCCUGCUAUCAGUAUCAACCAGCAAUAUUUCAACUCCACCUCUAACUCAGAGUACGCCGGGGCUUACGGCUCACACACUGCCUCCGUUCAGUCAUUUGGGUGUCAACCCGUACAGUCCGAGGUCUACGGAUCCUUUGGGGCCUUCGGUACCGGACCCCACGCACACCCCAUUAUAUUUGGGUCAGAAUUUUCAACAGACUAUAGCACCGAGUUACCCAAACGGGAUGGCCCCCCACGUUAUGGAUAUGGCUAUCAACAAUCUGCCUAUAGCCAAUCCGGCUACUUUUGGUGAAUCUGCACCAGAAGAAGUCGAGGUUAUGGAACAGGAAACGUCUAAUCAACCUGCCGGCGGACGCUUGCCGAGUUUUUCGCAGCUCCAAACGCAGAGCUUUAGCGUUUAUGUUUCAAACUGUGUAACACAGCCUAACGUGGGGGGUCAAGCUGUCGCUGACGAGUCGACCGCAGGAUAUAUUAUCGUCGAUCCAGUUAAUUCUUCUUUACAGUAUAAUAAUCUUGACAUCAAUGGGCAAAAUAUCGAUUACGAUUAUAGUUACUCUCCUAAACCGGUUAAGGAAAAUGUCGCUUAUAGCCCGGAAAAUGUUAAACUUUAUAGAUACAGUUACCCAUUCGGUGGUGUAACAAUAAAACGCGAAAUUGAUGAUAUCCUGCGGACGGACUCCAGUCAACUACAAAUAUUGAAAAUAGAGGAUAUAAUGGAUUACGCUAAUAAAGAAAACUAUGGGACUCAGAUGAAGUCCCCGGCUAGUCCGGAAAGCGCGAAGGUAGAAAAUGAAAGUCGUGGAUCACCAUCCAUAUCAUCUACUGUCAGUACACCACUAACAGAGAGAAAUCAGGUGAAAAAAACCGCCCCAGCUACCGUACACAAGUGUUAUGAAUGCGAUAAACUCUUUAAUAAAGCCUGUUACCUUACUCAGCACAAUAAAACUUUCCAUUCAGGCGCUAAACCCUUCAAAUGUGACCGGUGCGGAAAACGAUUCUCUGAUGAUGUGUCUUAUGAAGGGCAUUACAUAAAGCAUACUGACAAUAAACCGUUCAAAUGCAAUGAAUGUCCUAAAUCUUUCAAUCAUAAAACUGAUUUGCGCAGACACAUGUGUUUGCACUCCGGUUGCAAACCAUUCGCAUGCGAUCAUUGCGGCAAAGGAUUCAUUAGGAAAGACCACAUGGUUAAACAUUUCGAUACGCAUAUUAAAAAAAAUUUACGUUCAUCGAUGUCGUCGUCAUCGGUGUCGUCUACGACGUCUACCUCGCCAACAUCGUUGACUCACCUCAUCCUCAAUUAAACAAAAAGCCACAAAGACAAUUGUCGCGCACACAUAUCAUUUUCGAUUUAAAAAUAGAAACAUUGCAAUAAAUUAUUAAUUUUUAUUAGAUUCGUAGUUUAUAAUGUUGAAACGGAAAUUAUGUUAUACAUUACGUCUUUAUAGGGCAAUGAGCGGUAAGAACGCUGAGCAGAAGCGUUGAGAAUUCACGGGCGCACACAAAUCGGUGUUUAUUUGUUUGACGAAUAAUCGCUCAAAUUGUACUGUAGGCAUCGCCGCGAACUUAGGGUGUGUCGAUGUCGGUGUAUACUUAGAUAGGUCGGGCUGCGCAGCCGCCGCCGUUGCUCGCUCGGCUACGUGGAUAUCAGUCACCCAACGAGUCUCCAGUCCGCGAGCUCGUUUUUUAUUGUUCAUUCAACUUAACCUUGCGUUGGCACAAGGUGACUUUACAUGCCUGGGUGUCUGGGCGCUAAACAUGUAAUUACAUGACGUUAGCGCAAGUUCUGCGGUAAUCACUAUAUCAAUCCAUAUCAAUUUUACAUAUGAAAUCGAAAAUUAUAAUAUACUAGUUAAAAUUGAUUUAUUUGAAAUCAUAUUAGUGAGUAACGCGAACUAAAGCAUAUCUUUUGUUUAUUAUGAACUAUGGACCAUAGAUUUAUUUUAGAUAAAUUCCUACGUUUUGCUUACUAUAGUUGUUAAAAAUGGUACGUAUGUGUAUUUUGGAAAAUACUUAAGUAGAGUAAUUUUUGUAAAUAUUAAAAGGGACUUCAUUGCCAGACAUUUAUUUUGUAGGUACUGUGGAAUAAAUUAUAAUUUAUUUGUUAAAAAUCUAUUUCUACAUGAGAUAUAAAAAAGUAAUAACGGUACAAAAUACAUUUGUAAAAGAUUUAGAUGCCAAAUUUAAAUAUAAUACGCCGAGUACAAUAUAAAAUGAUUGAUAAAUUUAUAAGUAUGUAACACCUAGUAGUAGCUAGUCGUGUGUGGGUGAGCGCAAAGUGGCGCUAUGUUAGUUAAUGAACUCGAAUUAUUUGAACGCCGCGCCGCGCCGGGGCAAACCGGGAUAACCGGGGCAAUCCGGGGUAAC